CUCCCGUAAAUAUCCGAUAAUGUUUUGUUUCUUUGGCUCGGUCAAGGCCUGCUGUGUUUUUAUUCACAUAUGCAGGCAUAGGCAUAUUCUGUUGUGUUUCACAAAGCUAAUAGAAUAACAGUAAUUCAACAAAUGUUUCUCAGUUUCGGAGAAUCCAACAAAUGUUGUCUUGUUUUUUUUCCCGUUCUUGCUCUGAAGCUUAAUUUAGUGACCAUUCUCAGAAAAGCUCUAAGAAAGAGGAAGAGUAUAUCUAUAUGUAUCAGAUAUUGGUGAAACCAUCGUAUCUCAGAUAUGUCUGAAGAGGCUAUGGAGUGGUCACCAGAGAAUUCAGUAGUCUCAGGAUUCAAGGAAGAGUCUUCUGAACAUUCUCCAUCUGAGAAGUGGUUAAAAACCAGCAAAAUUACUCCAUUUAUUCAACUGGAUAUUCAAUCUGAGUUGAUUGAACAAAAUAAUUCAGACCAUCUUGGAUAUGGCCAUAGCCACCACACUCCCGAAGCUGGUGAAAAACAUCAGGCCUUAAAAUCACAUGCAGUAACCAAUACAGAAAAGACAUACACUGUGACCAGAAGAAAAGAAAAGCUAUCGAGUAUUCUACUUCCACUGUCUGCAGCUUCGUACUACAGUGGAGUAUCACCGCAAAUGGAAAUUGUUGAAUCAUGUCAAACCAUUGAGAAGCUAAACGAAUAUUUGAAAGCAAGAAAGGAUGAUGUCAAUGCUGGUGUACCAGGCAAAUUCUUACGUGCAGUAAUGGGUUCAGAUGGUGUUGAUGUAGGAACUGUGGCUUCAAUCAUCACGUAUUCCUUCUACCUAGAUGUAACUUCAGAGAGCGAUCAAUACUGCACAGUACCAAUCAUUAACAUUAACAGGACAAAUCUUGGUUCGCAUGUUGAACUCAAGUGGUUGCUUGAUUCAUGUCAUAUUGAUCAGUCAUCCUUGAUUUUUGCAGAUGAGAUUGAUUUGUGUUACUAUGAUCUAUUUGGGAGUCUUAAGAUCGUACUGUUGAAGGGAAGCAAGAUUAAGCAAGAGAAAUUGAAGCAUGCUGUGGUUGAAAAUUUUCACAGCAGAAAGGGUGAGACAAUAUAUCCAUGGGUUAAAACUGUCAUCACAGGCGAGGUGGGCCUUAAAUUCCCCACACAAUUUCAGUGAUAUCUCCUCUUGUAUUUAUGGUUAUCAUAUUUUCCUC